AUGUCGUUACCGAAACCCCCCUCGUCUUUGGACAACUCGUGCUCUGUCAUUCAUGGCAACACGCUUUAUUCCUACUCACCUCAAGGAUUUCUGUCUCUGCCUUUGGAAGACGGCGCAGAAUGGACAAAGCUUGAUGUGGGAGUCAAAGUGACUGGAGGAACCUGCGUUGGAACAACCCCCGUAAAUGCAGCCGAUGCUGCGCUCUUCAUUGUUGGAGGAUCAUCGGAUGCACCUGAUUAUACUGGGCUCCAAAAGUAUACUUUCUCAACAGGCAACUGGACCACCGUAACGCCAUCGGUUCCCGUCACGCAAAAUCGCUUGCACCAUGGAUCCACGUACAUCCAGGCCGACGACGUUAUCUUGGUAUACGCCGGCAGCCAAGAUGGCAGCGCUGGUCCCUCUACGCAAACGUUUACUAUCCAGACUUCUGAGCCGUACCAAGCUCUUUCGUACCAAUCGAAUUCCGCCGCACCAGCUGUUUCUCCCCUUCUCAUGAGCUGGUCCAACGCCGAUGCUGCCAUGAUAAGCGGCGACGGCGUGGACGGCAAGAUUUAUUGGUUUAAUCCGACGGCUGGAUGGAGAGAUUCUGGUGCGGGCACUGCGCCGCCGAUCAACACGGCCGGAGGUGCGGUGAAUGUGGCACUGGUGUCCGGGACUGAUGGAUCCAAAAACCUCUAUACUUUUGAUCUAUCCAAAUCACCCAACGGUGUCAGUCGUACCAUUGUACAGGAUGCUACUGGCCACCCUCUCGCUAACUCCGCCCCCAUCGCUGCACGAGGCCUUGACGAGGUCUCUGGAAGCACCGAGAAGCGUGACCUGACGCUGAGCAACUGGCCCGACUAUAACUCAACGUUGGCCCCGAAGGAUACUCGGACAAACUACGCAAUUGCCCAAUCUGACGAUGGCACUGUAGUCUUCUCCGGCGGCAACGCUCAGGUCCCUCUAGCUAUCUUCAACGCCGACAAAAACGGCUGGGUCGACGCGGCUGCCCUAUUGGGUGACGAUCAGCAGCGUAUCCAAGACGUUUCGUCAACGACGACCCAGUCCAAGACGAAGACGACUUCUAGCUCACGAUCCAAGUCAACCACGCACUCCACUUCUACUACACAUUCCGGCUCGACAACGCUCCCGUUUUCCACUACCGCUACUGCUACGCAGACCUCUGAUUUCGUCCCGACUGAUUUGUCUAUUCCUGCCCUCCCAACUGGUACUGGCAGUUCGAGCGAUGAUUCUGGCCCUAGCUCCAACGCUAUCCUUGGCAUCACACUUGGCGCCAUUGGUGGAUUCCUCGCUCUGCUUGGUCUUAUCCUUCUGCUUCUGCGUUGCCGCAGAAGACAGCUGCUUCAUCCAGAGGCAGGAAAGCCCAAGACCCCCGCCGGUGAUGAGAAGAGCGCUCCCGCUUUUGCUGCCCAGAACACGUUUGCGAAGAACACGCUCCCUCCACACGUGCAGAAGCAGCUCCGAGGCCACCAGAAAACCGCAUCUUCAGAAUCAACCUCAUCGAUGGCAAUCUUGAUGGGCAGAGUGGGCCAGCAUAAGCCAAGAAAGCUCAGCAAUGAAUUCAAGAGCACUAUUAGCAAGCCAAUUCUCCAGCCCCAGCAAGCCCCGAUUCUCCAGAUCCAGGACGAAAAGGGCGACACUUUGGAGGGCUCGCCGACCGAGCUUCGACCACAAGAUGGGCUCGCAGACGAUGGCACCCGAAGGAGCUCGGGCUGGAACAAAUACUGGUCAGGAGGAAGCGCCCUGGGAAUUCUAGGAUAUGGAUCUGCACAGGCACAGGGACAGGCACCUGUAACGGCGCUUGCACCGGCUCCUGCAAACAGAGACACCCUGGCAUCCGACCGAAGCUCUCACUACUCCCAGACAACAACUACUCGCAAUGUUAGGCAAACACAAGAUUCAGCUACUGUUCCGCCCCUCAACUUUGAGGCCCCGCCUGGAAUGAGCAGAGUUAACACUGGAAGUCCCGUAGUGUCAUCCUACCCCAAUAUCCCUUGGAAGGAAGGCAUGUCAGGAACAAUCGAGCGACCAGUCUCAGCUGUUUCGGCGUUGUCAGCAACAUCGUCGGGCUAUUCCAGCGGAAUCCCCGAGAGCAUUCAAGAGACAUGGGACCCAACGCAUGCCGGAAAGGCCUGGGGUGCUGAUCGGGCCCCAAGCAGUGCGUACGCUCCCAGCACAUCCGGCGUGAGCAGACAGCCUCAGCUCGCCACGGCGUCAACAUCAAAUGACAUGAGCUGGCUCAACCUUGGUGAUAACUCACGGGUAUGA